AUGUUGCAAUUAGCCAUUGGUGUUAUUAUCUUUUUUUUUGUGCACAAGUUCACAAAAAAUCGGUUUUGGUCUUAUCUUGAUACCUAGUUUGAAAUGCACAUUGGUCAAGGGUGCUUAUCGGAAAUCUCCAUGAAACCACCACCUGAUAAGCAAUUUCAAUACCCAAAAGUCAAUCAAUAAGACUCCUACGCUUUAUCAGGUUUUCAGUUGAACGGUGCUAUUUGUGGCGUGAAGUGACUGGUUACUUAAAAAAAAAAAGAUUUCUAGAAAAUUUAGAAAAUGGACGAUAUUUGGAGCCUUGGUAGGCUUCCUUACGAAGCAGCCAAACCUUUUAGAAAUAAAUCAACCAUGGAAAAUCUCAUGGAUGUUUUACAAUUCUUCUUCGAUUUCGUAAAGUUACUCUUCCUUUCCAUUCCCAUUCUUGCAACGUACGUUCAAGAAAUUUUCUCAAAAGAACCCAAGAAAAUUGCUGGUCAAUUGGCAUUGGUAACAGGUGGAGGAAAUGGACUUGGCAAGUCAAUUGCUAUACGUUUGGCCAAGGAGGGGUGCAAUGUGGCUGUGGUGGAUGUUGACUUACCAGCUGCUGAACGUGUUGCUGGUGACAUUAAGAGUUUUGGCAUAAAGUCGAAAGCCUACAAAGUGGAUGUAUCUAAUUUUGAGGAGGUGAAAACUCUUAGCCAAGAUGUUGAGGAGGAUUUAGGUGCUGUGGAUAUACUUGUAAACAAUGCUGGAAUAAUGCCAGUAGUCUCUUUGAUGGAGGGCAGUCCAAGGGACAUUGAGAAGAUCCUCAGUGUGAACCUCACUUCGCACUUUUGGACUGUUCGAGUGUUCUUCGAGAGUAUGAUAAGGCGACGGAAGGGGCACAUUGUGGCAAUAUCGUCAUUGGCAGGGCUCGAUGCAGCCGGAAGAGCUGUUGCAUACUCAGCCAGCAAAUUUGGUGUCAGGGGUUUCAUGGAUGCCCUCAGGGAGGAAAUUCGCUUGAAUGGAAACUCUGGAGAAAUUUUCACAACAACUGUGUUCCCGUACUUUAUUUCAACUAGAAAGGAUUUGAUGGAUAAGAUGAAGAAUGCUAGUUUACUUCAGCGGUACCCCCCACUGAUACCCGAUGAUGCUGCUGACAUUGCGGUUGAUGCCAUGCUUGAGAAUAAGAUUUCCAUCACAAUUCCCAAAGUUUGGCCAAUUAGUAAAAUUAUUUUCCAGUGUCUUCCGUCUCGAAUUCAGGAUCUCGUGAGGGAAGUGCUCGUGAAGGAGUAUAUACCGCGGAUUCAGCUGUAAACUGUGCGUAUGGAGACACGAUGAAUCAAUAUGAUAAUUUUGUGAGUUCUUUGCGCAAUAAUCAUAAACAAUUUAGUACAGAGAAAAA